AUGAGCUCUCAUGAGCUCGUAGCCAGCCACUUCGCCGUCGAGACCGACAAGGAGCUCACCUCGAAAGGGCCCAUCACAAACCCGCUCAACAAGCUGUGUCUAAAGAACCUACGCCCAUGGCCCGACUUUCUCGAGCAGCAGCGAACCACUCUAGGGGCCCUUUACGGCACCUUCCCGGUCUCUGAUCGGCGUUUCGAAUCUCGGGGCUUUUUGACGAGCCUCGGCCAGCGAAUUGCCAAGCGACCGAUAUCUUGCGAAAAGACGCUCGAAUAUUUCCUACACAACAGCGUCGAAGAUCCAGUGCGAGAGAUUUUCGAUCAAUUGCGGGAUGUGGACCAAAACCACCCCAAUGUGAUCAGCGAUGUUGCGGAGGAGGUUGUCGACCGGCAGGCCUCAUCGAUACCGCCACAGACGCCCGAUCAAGGGAAAGAUCCGGGACGCAUCCGCCCCAAUCAGUCAUGCGUAUACCAGUUUGACGACGAGCUCUCCACACGGCGUACCAUGCUGUAUGUGUCCAAAUACAAGGCCCCGCACAAGCUGACCGCUCCAUACCUGCGUGUCGGUCUGCAUCCCAUGGAUAUCUUCAAAGACGUGACCUACAACUACAUGAUCGAGGGGGGUCUCGAGUACGGGUUGCUGACUACUGGCGAGACCAUUGUAUUCUUGCGAGUAGACUGGCGAGAACCCGGCACACUCUUCGCAAUCGGGGAACACCACGCUUGCACCGCAGUUGGCCAGUACCUGGCAUUCAGCCUGAUGGCUCUCGGCCCGCCAGGGAACCCACCCAAUGUUCGAUCGCAGGAUGAGCGGCAGCGUGUAAUCUUGGGGCUGAGGCGAUGGGCGGAGGACUUUGAGACGACAUUGCGAUCUAUUCCCCGAGACGAGCGAUACGCUCCGAGCGGCUCAAGCUCCGGCUCGCUGUAUGCGCCGACGACUUAUGCAGGCAUCAGCCGGUCACCGCGCGUGCCUCGAACAAGACCCAAACGUUGGGCUCAGGAAGAGGACUGUCCAGAUUUGCAGCCAAGAUUUAGGGACCGGGACGACGAGUCUUCGUCGGAUGAGUCCUUGCCUCCGAUGCCGGACACGCCGACACCGUCUGAGCCGCGGUCGAGUACGCAUUCUGGCCGAGCGCCGCGCAGGGAAGCUUCACAAGAGCGACAGUACUGCACACAGCGAUGUCAUCUAGGACUGGUCAGAAGAGGUCGGCUUGACGCAAAUUGUCCCAACGUUCUCUUGCACUGGCAGGCUAACCUUGCAGCUGCUGAUCAUCUGAUCGACCGUGACGAGUUCCUCCGGCUCCUAUUUCAGCAGCUGCAGGAGUCUCUCGACCACGGGAUCAGUCGUCUAGAUGUGGGCGGAUCUCGCGGCGUGCUGUUCAAAAUUAGUCUGAUGGCUUACGGCUACACUUUCGUCGCCAAGGGCACGGUAUCUGCUUUAGAUCUUCGCGACAUGGGCAGGAUUUAUUACUACGACCAUCGGGUCUACAUCGAAUACCUGUUGCUUCUCUCGCAUGGCAGUCCGAUUGACGAAGCGGUUCGUGCUGGUGAGGUCAAACGUUGUCUGCGGGCGAUACAUCGGGUGUGCGUGGUGCAUCGGGACGUGCGUCGUACCAAUGUGCUACGCAAUACCGACACAGGGGAGCUCAUGCUGAUUGACUUUGAGCGUUCUGUCGUCAAGGCAGGACGGAAGCCGCUGGGCAAUAUCGUGCCUAACAAGCGAUCGUGGAAUGGGCAAAGGAAGGGGACUACGGCGUCAAUGUACAGUCAUGUUCCGGGAGACGCCAAUUACGAAGAAGAUAUACUGCAGGCAGGGACGCAUGUCCCUGCUGGCAUGGCUGCUUCAUUCAAAACUGUACCCACGUCUGGAUGA